GAUUUCCAGCAGGCAUGCGUGAGCGUGUUUGAUAGGAGUGAAUGGAGACAAAUGGUUUUUAAUACUUGACGUACUGUUGGAGUGUGAGCAAAGUAACAUUUAUGAAGGGGUUCAGGGAAACCGGCAGGCCGGACUUGAGUCCUGGAGAUGAGAAGUACAGUGCCUGCACUCUGAAGGAGGGGUGUUAAUGUUGCAGUUUAAAAACUGUAGUGUAAAGCACCCUUCUGGCAAGACAGUGAUGGAGUGAAUGAUGGUGAAAGUUUUUCUUUUUCGGGCCACCCUGCCUUGGUGGGAAUCGGCCAGUGUGAUAAUAAUAAAAACCAUAACCCAUAAUUUUAUUUGGAGUUUGGUUAUUCUCUGUUACGUCACUCAAGGACGGUGCUUUGAUACCAGUAAGGGGCUCUUGAUCCAAGGAAGUGGACUUCCAUGGAAUCAGCCUGAUUGUUUCUCAUUACCCUUGCACUGUGUGACUCCUACAGGUUUGGUCUUUCUCAUAACAAUAAUAAUGACGUAACUAAAAUGCCAGGACUAAGGUGUUAGUAACCCCUUCUCCUGUAUAAAUUACUAAAUGUAUAAAGGUCACUCUGCCUUGGUGGAAGAUGACCAGUGUUUUAAAAAAUAAUAAUAAUAAUAAUAAUAAUAUAUGGACACCUAUCUAGUUACAAGCCACAUACAGCUGCAGUUAUACUUGAAGUGUGUCUUUGUUGUCUCAAGGAAGUGAAGAAAUGAUGAGUCUUAAGCAGAAAAUGUUUUCCAACACAGUAACUAGGAGGAUAUACUGACAAACCUGACAAUGAAACAUAAUUAUCUGACCAUACCAAAUGUGCUUUAAAUUUCAGGUUAUUGCAAGAAUAUCUUGUCUAGAUGUUAUGCUGAAGAAGAGAGCAAAUUGAUGAUAUGGUAUUCACUGAGACUGCACUGCCAGAAAUAUGGCAUUAUUUUACUUUAAUUUGCUUAUUCCAGAUUAAUUAUACAUAUUUUACAGGUUAAUACAGUGGAACCUUGGUUUUCAUUUGCCCUGGUUUUCAUCAAAUUUGGUUUUCGACGACUUUUUUCCGUCAAAUGUUGUCCCAGUUUUCAUUUAAUUUUCGUCCGCCAUACCAAACGUGUCCCCCGCGCCCACACAAAGCAUCCCACGCACACACUCCAAGUCAGUCUGGCUUUGUUUCUUGUCGAGUGAAAAUUACCCUGUGAGCUCAUUCGAAACAUUUUGUAAGAAUCGAUUGUUUUUUGUGCUUGUUUAUUGAGUGCGACAGCUAAAUAAGCCACCAUGGGGCCAAAGAAAGUUACGAGUGCCAGCCCUUUGACAAAGAAGGUGAGAAACAUGAUAGAAUUCAAGAAAGAACUUGUAGAAAAGUAUGAAAGUGGUCAAUCUCGCCAGGAUGUACGGGAAGUCCUCAUCAACGAUCAAUUCCAUUCUGGCAAAGAAAGAAGAAAUCAAGGAAUCUGAUGUUGUGAAAGGGGUAAGUGUGCUUACAAAAUAGAGAUCGCAAACAAUCGAUGUUGAGGAGUUGUUGGUCUGGAUCAACGAAAAACAGUUAGCAGGAGAUAGUGUUGUGGAGGCAAUAAUUUGUGAAAACGCAAGAUAGUUGCAUGCAGAUCUCGUAAAGAAUGUGCCUGGAACGAGUGCUGCUGUUAAUGAAUUUAAGGCCAGCAGAGGCUGGUUUGUCAACUUCAAAAAGCGAUCUGGCAUACGCAGUGCGUUAAGGUAUGGCGAGGCUGCAAGUUCAGACAAACAAGAGUCUUCAAUAAAGGUAAAACUGAUUUAAAUGUUCAUUUAUCCAUUAAAAUUAAUGCUUUAUAUUUAUUUCUCACCUAGGUAGUAGGUUGGUAGACAGCAACCACCCAGGGAGGUACUACCGUCCUGCCAAGUGAGUGUAAAACGAAAGCCUGUAAUUGUUUUACAUGAUGGUAGGAUUGCUGGUGUCCUUUUUUCUGUCUCAUGAACAUGCAAGAUUUCAGGUAUGUCUUGCUACUUCUACUUACACUUAGGUCACACUACACAUACAUGUGCAAGCGUAUAUAUGCAUACCCCUCUGGGUUUUCUUCUAUUUUCUUUCUAGUUCUUGUUCAUGUUUAUUUCCUCUUAUCUCCAUGGGAAGUGGAACAGAAUUCUUCCUCCGUAAGCCAUGCGUGUUGUAAGAGGCGACUAUAAUGCUGGGAGCAAGGGGCUAGUAACCCCUUCUCCUGUAUAUAUUACUAAAUUUGAAAGGAGAAACUCGUUUUUCCUUUCGGGCCACCCCGCCUCGGUGGGAUACGACCAGUGUGUUGAAAGAAAGAUUUAUUUCUCAUUGUUUUCUGUAUGUAAAACUAUAGUUAUUCUCUAUAAAAUGUAUUUUUUGUUAAUAUUGUUGGGUGUCUGGAAUGGAUUAAUUGGAUUUACAUUAUUUCUUAUGGGAAAUAUUGCUUGAAUUUUCGUCGAAUUUGGUUUUUGUCAGACUCUCUGGAAUGAAUUAAAAACGAAAACCGAGGUUGCACUGCAUAGCCUAACUUAAAAAAUAAAAUAUUUGUAUACAGAGAACAUUCAGAAAUUGAUGAUUGGGGAAUGCCUAAGAAUUUAAACUGUAAAGUGAGAAUGGGUUGAAUUAUAACAAUAAACAAAAUUCAGAAUCAUUAUAAACAUGUUUGGACCUUCCCAAGUAUGUAAUAAUGUUGCAGUAAUAUGUACAGUAAUAUGAACAUGUAUUAUUAUAAAAGAUGUUAUGGUACUGUCAAUUGACUGUUUCGGUCGUAUAUAUACGUAUUACGCGCCACUGUUUCUGACCUAUGUAUAUGUGUAAAUUCUAGCAGCUUCAAAUCAAGAGGGAGAAAGCUGGUAGGCCCACAUGUGAGAGAAUGGGUCUGUGUGGUCAGUGUGCAUCACAUAAAAAAAUUCUUGCAGCAUGCAGUGCGUAAUGAGAAAAAAAAAACUGAACGUUUUUUUGGAUUAAAACUCCAACUUUGAGGUGUAUUUUCGUAUAGUAUUUAUCAUUGUAUUCUCGUUUUCAUGGUCUCAGGUGAUAAAAUGGAAAACACAUUAAAGAAAUAGAGAUGAUUUUGAUUACUUUCAUGAUGAAAACGACCUUGAAAUUGAGCUCAAAAUAGCGAAAAUGUUCAAUUUUUACCAAUGUUCAGGAGUAAGCAAAUCGCACCACACAUCCAAUACACUUCAACUGGGAAGUCUGAUAUUCUUUCACUAGUGCACUGAUAUAAUUUAUACCAUUUUUACAAUAAUGCAGUAAUCUUCAUAACGGUAAAUUUUGUAUUUUUUUGUAUGAAUAAAAAAUCAAAAUAUAAAGCAUAGUAAUAUAAAAGGGGCCUAGAGACGUGACUAAUGAACAGAGAAUAUGUUAUUUUAGUGCCAAGAAUGUCUACAUUGUUUAUUCUCUACUCUAUUUUGAAAUUGGCAUCUUUCUUAAUUUGCGUGAAAUUGGCCAAAUUGCCAAUCUCUGACCAUUUUAUUGGGUAGUUCAAAUCGGUAAAUGGGUGGUUUCUUGUACUCAACUGAUAGAAAAAAUGGAGUUCUAAAGAAAUAGCUAUGAGUUUGGUCAACUGGCACAACGGAAUUGGCCAAAAACAGGGCUCAAAGUCGGCGAAAUCGCCAAUGUGUAUAUGUCGCCGAGACCGCUAACUUCGCGGGAGCGUAAUUCCGUGAGUUUUUGACAAAAUUUUGUACUUUUGGUGUCAUUACCAUCGGGAAAAGAUUCUCUAUCAUUUCAUAGGAAAAAAAAUUUUUCUUUUUUCCAAAAAUUUAUCGACAUACUGUAGAAUGACAGUUUCAGAAAGGGGCCUGCGACAGUCAAAGGGUUAAUUACCUAAAUCCUGAUAACAGAUCUGCUGCAGUAAAUAAUGGUAAUUAAAAAUAGAUAUGGGUGCAUUUUCAAAAUCAUGGAAAAUCUCUGUAAUGUAAUUCAUUAAUAAAUCUUAUAAAGUAAUACACUAAUUCAUUGUUGUCACAUUUUACAUAUUCGGCAGCCUGACAGAAAUAAUAGAACAUAUACAUUGCAUGGCUUGCCCAAAAAUUGUGUUUUCCCUUUUAACACAGUAUUAUUUUACUGUAUUUAUAAAUAAAUUCCACUUAACAUACUCAGUCUUUGCUUAUCAAAUAGUAGGAUACCCGAAAUGCCCCAGCAUGAUAGUGGUUUUCUUUGUACCAAUUAAAUUAUGAAAUAUAAACACACAUUGUAACCUUUGCAAAGAAAUAAACUUUUAUUUUGUUUUGUUUUGUUUUUUGAUUCUGCUGUAGUGUAAAAUUAUCAGACUUGCUAUGUAGCCAAGCAUUAAUGGUGUAGGACACAUGAUCUGACACACCCAUAUACCUGUCACUCACUCAUCCUUCAUCACAACACCAGACACUUGACAGUUCUCUCACCAGCUAGUAACACAUUUCAGUUUGUGUAUUCGCUUGUUUAUAGAUGCAGUCAUUAAAUCUCAUCUCUUGGCCUCGCCUUGUAACUGGUUUUGACUAGGUUCACAUGAAUUCUACCGUACCUAUUAUUAAUCUGUGCAUGGAGUCUCUCACCACUACUUCCUCAUGUAAUUACAUUUUUCUGACUGCAGAAUCAUUUCUUGACAUUACUGAGGUUCAUUAUCAUCUUUAAUUUACAUCUCCGCCCCUUGUUCCAGUUUUGUGCUUCUUGAAAAGUUUUCCUCUCCACCCUGUCAAGUACUUUUAAAUAUAUUGUACAUCAAAAUCAGUUAUUCCUGGUUCUUCUGUUGUCUAAGAUCAUCAGUUUCUGUUCUUUUAGUCUCUCAUAAGUCUUUUCUCUUGAAUUCAGGACUACUCUUGUGUAAAUAUCUGUACCUCCUCUAAUUUUUUAGACAUGCUUAAUGAAGUGAGUUUCACAGUGGUGCAGCACACACUGACUGACCUGAGAUAUUUAUGGUGUCAUGAAUCACUUUGUUGAGCUUCCUGGAAACUGAUCUUAGGCUUGAUAGUCGUUUAGUUGAUAUGUGGUUCCAGUGAUACGUUUGAUAUUGUGUUCCCAUCUAGGUCCUCCUUGUGUGAAGUUUGCAGCAUCUGUCUUGCCAUUUAUUUUCUCCAUUUUUCUGGUGGGUUUAGCACCUGUCACUAAAUCUAAUAAAAAAUAAUAAUAAUCCCUUGACCAAUUAUCAAAAACUUGUGCUUACUGAGGUUGAAUUCUAUUAACCACAUGGCCAAUCCUGUAGUUUGUCCUGGUUAUAUUGUAGCUUUUCCUUGUCAUCUCUAGUUUUUAUUUUUUCCAUUAAUUUCACAUCAUCUGCAAAAGGAAUAGUGAGGACUUUAUCUAUUCUGAUAAGUGGUUUACACCUACAGCACCAGAAACAGCACUGGUCUUAGUUCCAGUUCUUGUAGAACCCCACCUGAGUCUUAACUCACUUUUACACUAAAUAUUUUACUUUAGCAGCUAGCACAGCUAGUAUGUACACAUUCAACAGUUCAUCUCCACAACCCUGCAGUUCCAUAUUUAUGUUUGUUUCAGAAGCUUCAUACUUUUGCCUCAUUAUAUUCCCAAUAAAUGAAAAAUAUUUGUGCCAGUUAUUAUUGUGAUAUGGAAAUCUAAAAACAGUGCUGAUCAGGCCUGGCUGUUGUCUCAGCACAGGUCAUCAAUCUUGUUUGUAACAUCAACACACGCUUGCUGACUCCGCCCACGUCAUCAAUACCGUGCCCUCCCCCCUCAUGCAGAGUAUCCUGGGUAUAGUAUAUAAUGGACUGGAGAGAGCAUGUGUGGCUUGAGUGAUUGGUAUUGCACCAUGAUGCUGUAAGUGUGGGAAAAGUGAGAGGCGCCAAUCUUUACUACCAACAACUCACAGAGUGGUGUGUGUGUUUGUGUGUGUGGUGGUGAGGUGUCAGAGACAGCAUGGGAGGCAUGAGGUGGGUGCUGUCCCUGGGUGCACUGCUGACUGCUAUAGCUUUCCUGCCUCCAGCUGCUGCAGACACAGACUGGUGGAACUUCAAUGAAAAGAUAAGGAAUGAAGUGCUCCGGAACUAUGACAAGAACACUCUGCCCCAGCGCACCCACAAUGGCACUACACAAGUCUACUUCGAUUUGUGGCUCCGGGGUCUGUGGUUUGAUGAGACAAGUCAGGUGCUUCAUCUCAACUUAUGGCUAUUCAUGAUUUGGCGUGACAGCCGAAUAUUAUGGGACCCAAAGGACUAUGGAGGACUUGAUGAAGUGCACUUUAGCCAUGAUGAGCUCUGGACACCUGACAUUACUGUCUACAACAAUGCGGAUAUCACAGAAAUCAACCACUACGGGCAGACCCACCUGCUGGUGUUCAGUGGGUUAGUUUAUUGGUUCCCACCUGCUCACAUCUCUGUUGAGUGUCCCAUGGAUCUCUCUCAUUGGCCCUAUGACACCCAGACCUGCCACAUCUACUUUGGCUCCUGGACAACUCAUGGCUGGCAGGUCGAGCUCAGCUAUCCAAAUUUCACUAAAGCGCUCAGCAAUAGGUACAACCUGAAGACGUCAUCCCAUUGGCGUGUCAAUGGGGGAACCUUGCAGCGCUUGGACUUUAGGUACCAGAACGUGCCUGAGCCCUACUUUGUUAUGCAUGCUGCCUUCUCCAUCACUCGCAUCUCUCCCACCUUCUCCUCCACUGUUGUCGUGCCUGCCUGCGUUGUGUCAGUGAUAACGCUGGUGCAGUUUCUGCUGCCCCUGACACAUGCCAAGCGGGUGAUGGUGGGCUGCAUUGCUCUUUUGCUUACCCAACUGCAGCUCCUCUACCUGGCCCAUGCCAUUCCCCUACUUGGCACCUCCGUCCCCAUCAUUGUAAAGUUCUACGGGCAGACACUGGGUGUGGUGGUAGUGAGUGUGGUUGUUUGUGGAGGUCUACUGCGCCUUACCCAAGGUCCUCACCUCAACUACCCUCCACCACUCCUCCUCAAGAAAUUCCUCACAGGACCCUUUGCACGCCUACUCUUCCUUCAUGACUACACUCACAAAGUUGGUCUGAGUGAAGGAGGGGCUGAAGAUGGGGAAGUGUUGGAGGAGGCACGUCCAACAUCUUACUUCCAUGAGUGGCUACUGGUGGCUGCUGCCAUUGACCGCAUUGCUGCCUUCAUCUUCGUUGCCACCUUCAUCAUCACUCUCAUUGCUUAUGUCGCCCCCAUAUGAUUCUAAAGAUUCCAGAACUUUGUCAUCAUGCAUCACUCAGACCAGAGUCAACAUUAAGCCAGGAGUGUGUCUGCCAUGGCUUGUCACUGGACCAACAGCUACCUUCUUUAUGUGUCAGUAGACGUAGUGGUACAUGCCAGUGGUUGCUUUUUGCCGCACCCCCGCCAUGGGGCCGACGGCAUCUCUGAACAGGUCAUCAUAUGACAAAGACCCAUUCAAGGUGCUUUUCCCUGAAAAUGCAGCAUCUUGGAGAUUCUAGCUUCAAGUUUGAGGGAGCAAGGGAGCAAAGUUAUAUUUCUUUCCAAAAGAAGGACCAUGUUUUUCAUUAGUAACCAUGAAUCGCAUACUGUUCAUCUGAAAACUUUAAAAUUCAUAAUUGGAGAUUUCUAGAAUGUGUCCAGUGUCUUUGCAUUUAUUUCUACCAAUAAAUCCAUCCUGCAUGAUGAAUGUGUUUAAGUAAACUAAGUUCUUGCUUUUUUACUUUAUAUAAUAUGUUAUAGAUCAGGGUAGCAGCAGGCCAGUACAAUACCCUAAUUUUUGUAAUAAUAAUAUAAAUGCACUUUUAAAUACUUAUUUGAGGUUGCUUAUAUUGUAAGUACUGUACAUAUCAUUAAAUAUAAGUCAGUACA